AUGCAAAACGGGAGGAGGAGGAGGAGGCAAGGAAGGGAGGGUGGCUCUAGGACCCAUACGAGCCUUCCCGAGCAGGAGGUGGGAAUUUUCCUCCAAGGCAGCAGGAGCCCGAGCCCGGGCUCGGAGCUCCAGCAGAGCCCGCAGCAGGAGCCCGGCUCGUCCCCUGCACAGCCGCGCACCCGGGUGGGACCAGCCCGCGUCCCCAGAGCCAUGAACCGGCUGCCACAGCUGCUGCUCCGGGUCACCGCUCUGGCCGUUGUCUCCUGCUCUGGAUCACAUGAAGAAAACUCUUCUUCACCAAAUCCAACUCAGAAGCUCUCCCUGAUAAAAAAUCGGAUGGUUUCAUUGCAUCAGCCUUCUAAGCCAGAAGUCUCUUGUAUCAUCGGCUCAAGCUGCUCCUGGGUGACAUCCACAGACAAUUUUGGAAAACCAGACUGGGUGUUAUCUUCCAUUGGUGUCCUGGUGUCCCAGGAGAGGCAGCAGAUGCUUCUGGAGAACAGCUCCUCCCACGGAGAUGUUGAAGGAGACAUUUUCCUCCUGAACACCAGUAGAUUCCCAGAUAGAUGUGAGUUCAGCCUGCAAAGCCCCAUCCUGCCUGGGAGCCUGGAUUCCUGCUUGCUGGAAUUGGCCAUAUGUUCACAGGAUGGUGCUCCUCUCCUCCAGAGAUUCACAGUUGAAAUCAAGUAUGUGGAGACAAACAAAAACACAAUAACUUCUCUAAGAGCUGGCCAUGAGGACAAUGCCAGGAUGAAAUGGAAAUACCUGGUGGCCCAGAUUGGACGAAUAGAAAGACCUUUCAAAAUCACCCUGGUGUAUUCACACUGUGGAGCACGGGAGGCUGCAGUACUGGCUGUGGGCUCCUUGCAGCUCAGGAGCUGCUUUCAUGAUAAAGAAAAUCAAGAUCUUUUCAUAUAUGACAAAGGCUCAACCUUCCCCUGCAUUCAUGGAGGCUGUGUCAGCCACCUGCAGAUCUGUGAGUUCAUCAGUGAUUGCCCAACCAAAGCAGAGGAAGGAGUGAGGUGUGACAGUCUCCCAGAGGGUUCACACUGCUCUUUUGAAGAAGGUCUGUGUGGCUGGACACUGAAUGAAACCACAGCAUCUCCUUGGUCUAUUCGGGGCUUUUCUGAAAUGAUUCAAGAGCACUCAUUUGUAGGGUCUACUUUGCAAGCCACUGGUGGGCACUUCCUCUACCUGCGAGCAGACAGCACUCAGACAAGUGGUGUGGCUAAGGCUUACAGUACCAGCUUGCCAGCCAGUCUUGCCACUGAAGGCUACCAGAUUCAAUUUUCAGUGCAUGUUUUUGGGAGCUACAAUGGUACAGUCUCCUUCUCUCUCAGGGAAGAGAUAAAGGGAGCUCCAAUCACCUUGCCAAUGUGGGAAAGGGCAGGGAGCUGGAGUGACCACUGGUUUCUCAUCACCUUACCAAUGCCAGUGCUUCAGAACCGGUUUCAGCUUGAACUCCUGGCAACCUGGGGCUGGAAUUCCCAAGCUGACAUUGCUAUUGACAACAUUACAUUUGGCCUGGACUGCAUCACUGAUGGAAGACAACCGAGUCAUUUUGUUGGGAAACGCCAGUUCCCACGUGAGAUUGGCAUCCUGGCUGAGCAUCUUCUGAAACCCCUGGAAGAGCCCUCCCUCCCAGGGGACACAGCUGUUGUUCUGUGGUGGUUCUCAACCUGUGGUGCCAGUGGUCCUCAUGGGCCCACCCAAGCUCAGUGUGACAGUGCCUACAAGAACAGCAAUGUGUCCGUGACUGUGGAGAAGGAGGGCAGGCUCCGGGGAGUGCAAGUCUGGAGAGUGCCAGCCACAAACAGAUACAGGAUUUCUGCCUAUGGAGCAGCCGGGGGGAAAGGAGCCAAAAACCACAAUAAGAGGUCCCACGGGGUCUUCAUCUCAGCCACCUUCCACCUGGAGAAAGAUGAGCUGCUGUACAUCUUAGUGGGGCAGCAGGGGGAGGAUGCCUGCCCUGGGGGCAAUCCUGAAACCCAGAAGAUCUGCUUAGGGGAGUCAUCUCUCAUUGAAGAAGAUUACAAAAAAAAAAGAGACCUGAAGGAAUGGGCUGGAGGAGGUGGGGGUGGAGGAGGAGCAACCUACAUCUUUAGACAGAAGGAUGGGAUUUUCGAACCUUUGCUCAUCGCAGCAGGAGGAGGAGGAAAAGCCUACCUGAUGGCUCAGGACAACUCCCUGGAUGAUGUACCCCUGGAGCAAUUUGAGAACAGCACUGCAGUACCUGGAGUCAGUGGGAGGACUGGGGCAGCAGGUGGAGGUGGCGGCUGGCAAGAUGAGAGUCUGCUUCCUCAGGCUGGGAAAUCACUUCUGGAGGGUGGAGAAGGAGGUCAAGCUUGUCCCCAAGCCCUAGCCAAGCUCCAGUGGACCACCUCUGGUGGUUUUGGUGGAGGAGGAGGAGCUUGUACUUCUGGGGGAGGAGGAGGAGGGUACAGAGGGGGACAUGCCUCUGAUAGUGAUGAUAUCACAGCUGGUGGGCAGGAUGGCAUCUCUUUCGUGAACCCCAUAGGAGAGAUCUUCUUGCAUCCCUUGGCAGCUGUGGAGAGCCAUGGCGAGGUGGAGGUUCAGAUCUAUCUUAACUGCAGCCACUGCCACUCAGACAGCUGCAAGCGGGACCCUGACACCAACCUGCCAGUCUGCCAGUGUGAGAUGGGGGCUGUGCUGGCCAACGACAAUGUCACCUGCACUGUGCCCCAGGGUCCUAUACCAGAGGGACAGCUGCCUCUCCCCCUCCUCUUAGCUGUGGUGUCUGUGAUUGUGGUGCUUGGAAUGAUCCUCACUUGUGGCAGCCUGUCUAUCAUUUAUCACCUGAAGAAGCAGCAGCUGGAAGGAUCCAGAGCACGACUGCAGAGCCCAGAAUAUAAACUGAGCAAAAUCCGUACAUCUGUCAUCAUGACCGAUUACAACCCCAACUACUGCUUUGCAGGCAAGGCUGCCACUCUGAGCGAGCUGAAGGAGAUCCCACGGAAGAACAUCUCUCUGCUUCGGGCACUAGGACAUGGUGCAUUUGGUGAGGUUUAUGAGGGAACUGUGGUGGGCAUUGCAGGGGACCCCAACCCUCUACAAGUGGCUAUCAAGACCCUGCCAGAAGUCUGCUCUGAGCAGGAUGAGAUGGAUUUCCUGAUGGAAGCAUUGAUUAUCAGUAAGUUCAAUCACCAGAAUAUCGUGCAGUGCAUUGGUGUCAGCCUGCAGACACUGCCUCGCUUCAUUCUGCUGGAGCUCAUGGCUGGAGGGGACAUGAAGAGCUUUCUUCGGCAGAACCGACCCAGGAUGAAUCAACCAUCCACGCUAACAAUGCAGGACCUGCUGAACAUAGCUAGGGACAUUGCCUGUGGCUGUAAAUACCUGGAAGAGAAUCAUUUCAUCCACAGAGAUAUAGCUGCAAGGAAUUGCCUUUUGACCUGUACUGGAGCAGGACGAAUAGCCAAAAUUGGUGACUUUGGAAUGGCCAGGGAUAUCUACAGAGCAAGUUACUACCGCAAGGGAGGAAGAGCCAUGCUUCCUGUCAAGUGGAUGCCACCAGAAGCUUUUCUAGAGGGCAUUUUCACCUCCAAGACUGAUACCUGGUCCUUUGGAGUGCUGCUUUGGGAGAUUUUCUCUCUAGGCUACAUGCCCUACCCUUGCAAAACCAAUCAGGAAGUGCUGGAAUUUGUUACCAGUGGAGGAAGAAUGGAUCCACCGAAAAACUGUCCAGGGCCAGUGUACCGGAUCAUGACACAAUGCUGGCAGCACAGUCCAGAGUAUCGGCCAAACUUCUCUACCAUCCUGGAAAGGAUCAAGUAUUGCACACAGGACCCUGAUGUGAUCAACACUGAGCUGCCCAUGGAGUGUAGCCCCACACCAGAGGACGAAGGGAGUACAGUCAUGCGCCCAAACAUUCCCAGUGGGAUAGUGCCACUCCUGGUAAGCCCUUCUCUCACACCUCAGACAACUCCUAAGACACUGGAAUCCCACCAUGCUGGGCACAAACUUGUACAAUGUCCACAAGAGCUACUGGUGGAGAACCUGAGCAACCGGACUGCCCGAGGGCCCAGCCUGCCGUGCCUCAGUGAUUUCAACAGUGGGUCGUGGUUCCAGCAGACCUCAAACCAGAAGCUGGAGCUCAGCAACCCAUCGGCCCACAGACUUAAAAACAAAACAAAAAAUCUUUGGAACCCAACCUAUGGAUCGUGGGUGCUAGAGAAUAUCUGUCACUUCAGCCCCAGCUCCAAGCUCAAGGCAAAUGCAGAGCGGGAAGAUUCAGGCUUUGAUGGGAAUUGCAGUUCUCCUAGCUCUCGGGCAUCUCCAGCAUCUCCAAGUCGAAAUAACUGCCCUCACCUGGAUAUCAGUGGGAUUGAACUGGUGAAACUCCAGACUUUCCCCUGUGGCAAUGUAAAUUAUGCUUAUGAUGACCUAUGCUAUAGUGCUGAGCACCAGCCAUCAGCCCUGGCAGAGGUCAGAGCAGCUGUACUAAGGAGCUCCAGUCUGCACAGAAAUGAAAAGCCUUUUUGUAAAACAGAGAAAACAUCAAGAGAGAGAGACUCUGGUCUGUCUUUGUCAGAUGACCUGAGUGUUACUCCAGUAUAGUAGAAAUGGUACUUCCAAAGAUCAGGGAGUGUGUGUGUCUGGAAGGACUACUUCCUGUUUCACUUACUUCCUCCACUUUAGUUCCAUCAGAUGGGUGAAGUUUCAACAUCAGCAAUGUUCUGCUUCCUCUGUCUACCUGCCAGAUCCCAGAUUGUUACACACACUUGCAUUUCUAUCUCUGUCCUUCAAAUGUGUUCCACUGAACCAGCUUUGAACUGGAGAACAAUGGCACUGUUUGUCUGAUUCAGAAUACAGUUCCUAAGGAAAGAACUCAUUUUCAAUCUGCUCAGGUGAAAAGAAAUGGACCUACCAUCCAGCUGCAGUAUUUGGAUGGAAAUAAUGACCAACACAAGUUGCUUCUUUCUGAACCAAGAAUCCAAAAAUGUGUACUGUACCAGCAGCAACCAACUUGCAACGGCUGCUACAUUCCCAAGAGCUUUUUAAAGUCCUGGUGAAUUACUAAUGCUUAUGCACUAUAAGGGAAGUAAAAAAAAUAGCAGCCACAUUUGCAUCUCUUUUAUUAGUAGACCUUGUGGAAGCUAUUGCUCAAAUUGGAAGCAGUAGGAAGAAUGAAAAAAAAUCAGGCUCCUCUGAGCAUGUGCUUUGUAAACAAGCAAUGAAGAGGAAAACAUUCACCAUUAAAAAAGCAGGAGCUGGUGGAGCAGAUAGUAUUCCUUUGAGCAGUGAAGGAAAUGUGCUUCUUGCCUCAUGGUGUUGCUUUCCUCACAGCUCCUGGCAUUGAAGGUACAGGUGGUUUUUCAAGGAAGGGUGAGCUGCAUGGCUUGAUGAGAAAUGGACUGUGUUGUCUUUAUCUUUCAAUGGACUUUACUUAAAAUGAACUUCAUUUUUGUAAGUACUUUGAUAUUCAGCAUUAAUUCUCUGUGCUGUGUUGGUAAGCACUAAGUUAAGGUUCUUGGGUAACUAUCUAGCAUUUGGUAUGCUGGAGUUCUUGGUUUUAAUACUCUGAGGCAGAAAGUAAAGAAGAGGAACAGUGAAGGAAAAUCUAGUGCAAACCCCAUUUAGGGUGUUCUUUUACAGGAAGGUAGAAUAGCUCAACCAUUUGAGAAAGCUAAAACCAUUACCUGGCUUCACACAGCUGAGCAGGUAGUAAUUGUCCCUUGCCUUGCAAGUGCAGACUUGCUGAUAAAGGCAGUCAUUUGUUUCCAAGACAGCUCAUUUCUAAGGCUUUCUUCAGUUGUUUAGGAUCUAAACGGAUGUUUACAGAUUAAAGCUGCAAAAUAAGGAGACUGGAAAGACAAAUAAUUUGGAUUAAGUCUGAACAGUCUUGGAAGAAUUCUGUCUUUGUACCAUUCCUGAAUGUCACACUGCCAACCUACAGUGGCAAAUUACAUGCUGUCUUUCUGUGUAAUCAAGUUGUGUAGUGACAUGCCAGUCGUAGACUUCUCUGGCUCCUUUCUGAGGCAAGAGGUUCUCUGGUAUAUGCUUUAUGCUUAGUGAUCAGCUGCGUGUACAGUCUGAAGGUGCAGGCUAGCAGGUGAGGGUUUGCUUUGACCACACAGAUUUCCUGUCCUUUACAUCAGUCAGGGUAGACACUGCUGAGCUGUGGUAAAGAAAAGCACAGAGUGGAGAGUCUGAAUCCAUCCUCAGAAAGGCAUCUUCAUCACAGCUUUAUGCUUUAUUGGUCUGGCCAUGUUUUGUAUAGUUUUAGGCCUUUGACUUUAGAAUGGACAGUUUUAUACAGUGUCAUUUCAGAGCAUACAAAUAUCUUAAGAGCGGGUGUCAAGAGGAUGGGAGCAGACUCAUUACAGUGGUACCCAGCAACAGGACAAG